AAUACUUUCAUGAUUCAGAUAACAUGACCUAUUUUGGAAGUUCUUUAAUUUGUUUAAAAAACUGCUGAGCACUGCUGAAGAAUUGAAAGAACGGAGAAAUGACAUCAAAAGUGAAGUGGACAGCUGUUGUUAUCACAUGUCCAAGGAAGGAAUGGUCACUUAUUUUGCAGAGAGAGUUAGAGUUUAGACAGAUUAAGGGUUACAUUGACAAGGAUGUGUUCUUAUUGACUGUUGAGGACCCAAAACAAGAUGUCGGCAGCGGAGGGGCCACAAUCAAUGCCCUGCUGACUGUGGCAGAGUACAUCAGUGCCCAGAGGGGAUUCACUGUUUUGACCACAGAUAUUUUGAAAGAUGCUCGCAUUCUUAUCUUACACAAUGGGCGGGGCUAUGCCUAUGACAGCUGUGGCCGACCAUUCACUGGUUUACCAGUCAAGAUGUGUGGGUUGGACCAUGAAGGGAUUGUCAGCAUGGUUGAUCUUAUAGUCAAGCUGAUUACUGAAAAGAUUGGGGUUCACUCAGGAGCUGGUGUUUGGGUCAGCAGCCUUGAUAUGAUCCUGUCCCUGCCUAAUAAUGAAGCUGUGCUUUGGGAAAAAUGCGAUGUGUGUGCAAUAACUGUCCCAUCAUCUCUGACGUACUGUCGUCAACACGGUGUCUACAAGCUGGAUAGUCAGGCCGAAAGAUCUGAAGAUCGGUGUAACAAAUCUGUCAUGGAGCUUGAUGGAGCUAAAUACACAGCCAGUUUCUGGGAGAAAUCUAAACAGCUUUCAGAGCAGGCAGCUGCCAUUUUUGGUCUAACUUUGCUUAGAAAAGAAGACGGAAGAAAACCUGACGUAACCAGCCCAAAUGAUGAUGUUGCUGAUGCUUGGAGUCGUCACUUCCGAUCACGUGAUAUUCACGUAUAGUCAUAAAGACUUAAAAAAGAUAAAGGCUCUUUCUGAUUCUAGCAAUGGUGUCUCUAUUGACAAUGAUAGUUUUAAAGUUGACAGAAAUGAAGGUGAUCAGGACAGUAUGAAUGUAGCUUCUGUUUAUCCUAGUCUCGGUUGAUGGCACUAAUUUCCAUUCAUAUGUUUACUCCAUUUUAAAUAAAGCAAUGUCUUUCA